UUCAGCCACUUAAUAUUUCCCUCUCUUUCUUUGUUUUUCCCUCUUCUCUUUUUCUUUUCCUAUCUGUGUCCUCUGACCUCCCUCUCUCUCUGCCCAUCCCUCUCUCCUCUCCUCUCUCUGCGACUCACUCUCUCUCCUCUCUCCCCUCUCACCGAUCCUUACUUCAUGCUCGUCGCCAUUGAAGUUGGUAGCCUUCUACGCGGCUUCAUCCUCCUCCUCCUCUCUCUCCAUCUCGUCAUCUUCGCCUAUCUUUUAGUCCCAGAAGCCUUGGGAAUCCAAAUCCUUAUCUUCAUCUCUUUUUCCAGCCUCAAGAUCGGAGACAUUGAGCUCGUCUCACGCGCCGUCUUGCCGAGAUUUUAUGCGGCGAACGUGAGAUGGGAGAGCUUCGAGGUGAUCAUCUCUGUACUAAAGGGGAUGUGGGAAUCGUUUACUUUCGUCCAAACCAUCCCAUGAAACCUCAUCGUCUUUGUAUGACCCACCAUCUCGUUCUCUCCUAUGAUCUCCACAAGAAGAUGGAAAUUUAUCGGCCUCACAAGGCAUACCCUGUUGAGCUUGCUCAAUUCCAUUCGGCUGAUUAUGUUGAUUUUCUACAUCGCAUUACGCCCGAUUCCCAGCGCUUAUUUUCCAAUGAAUUAGAAAAAUGUACUACACUCUCAACUUAUAUGCUUUACUUAUUUCAUUUUUCACAGCGUAACUUACCCAUUAAUUCUUCUCAUUACAACUUAAGUUUAGAUGGCCAAUGGUAUGGAAAUGACAACUGUUUCAAGUGCUUGAGGGCCAAUAUGAUAUGUUUUGAUUUCUUGCUUGUUCAGUCUAUACAUGUCUCUCUAAAUUGGGCAUAUAUGACUUUUUCAAGUAUUAAUGAACUUAUUAUCAUAUUGUAAGUAAAGGUUACAACUAACUUUUAUGUGUUUUUAACAUCAGGAUGCAAAUUUUGAUUUUUGUGGUUUUCUAAUAAAUUAGUUGUGAGCAUUUAUUUUUCUUCUAUAUAAUUUAUUAUCUGCCUCUUGGUUGUACACUUUGACCAUAUUUUUUAGCAUGAAAUCUGGUCAUUUCCUCCUAGUCAUCCUUUAGAUAUUGUGAUUCUUCUCUCUGACUAUUCUUCUGAAGGUUACAAUGUGUCAUACACACUUUUCCGAUUCUUGGGUCUUAUUAAGAAUAAGACUUCUAAUUAAUUUAUUUCUCU